GAAACAACAUUUCCCUAACAGCGUGAACAGCGCGCGUCGACCGUCGCUAUGUUCCGUGCUCUCAACCGAGCCCCAUCAACCGUGACAGUGCUCUUGCCUUUGUACCAAAGCAAACAGCAGCAGCAGCAAACCUUCCUCAACUUGUCCAUCGUCCAACGAAAGAACCAUAGUACGAACCCUUGCUGAAACCAACGCUCUUGUCGCUCUCUGUUGGUUGAUUUCUCUUAGUUAUUAGCAUGCUUGCCUUUAUGGCUUAUCCACCCAACACCGUUGGCACUACCGCUCCCUCCACUUCCAGCAGGGAUCGCAUAGUCUCGUUAUCGCAUCACAGCAGCAACAACAGUACUACCAGUAGCAACCAUAGUCAAGCGCCCACACAACAACAGCAACAACAGCAGCAAUCCUCCAAGAUGAUGGAAAUGGAAGGUCCUCCCGAAUCCAUGCUGUCCAUUGCGACCGAAUCUGCCGCCAUUCACUUGACGUUGGAUCAAGGCAGUGACCUGGUAUUGCCGCCCAAUAAUAACCUGGAUCACAGUGUCAUUGCCGAUCCGCCAUCACCGCAACCGGAACGACGCCGUCGAACACAUCUUCUUGAAAAACUCUACGAAAAUACAGUCGAUGGACCCUGUCAAACCGUCACGCUCUGUGAAGUACAACACAUGGACCUCUUUUUGAACUGCCAACAACCGUUAUCCUUUUUGGGAUUUGGCGCCGGCGAAGAUCCCCGGAAUAGUGCUUCCUCCUCUGAUUUGGAAUUGAGUUAUCAUUUGCCACCCUCCUCGGCAUAUGGCUAUAUCAACGAGAUGGAAGAACCUCCCAUUCCAGGAGCAUAUGCCGUACCGAGAGGAUGCGAGUAUUGUGGAGCCACGCACACGGCGGAUUGUCCAAAGACUUGUUCACGGCCGCGGCUGUAUUUUCAAAAGAAACGACCACCCUUUGCCAAACGGGAUGCGUCCUUGUGGGAUCCAGAUACGGAUGAAGCAAUACCACAGUAUUGUCCUCCUCCGGAUGCAUAGCUAGCUGGCGCAGAAUAGAUGGAAGGAAGGAUGCAAAACCACACCAAUCCACCGCUGCGAGCUCAGUGCCAAUCUUGGAUGUAUCAUUAUUUUGCUAUGGCCACGCUACUGGCCUUUUCCCUACUGGUACUGAUUUUUUGGUGCGUUCUCGGUCAACCAUUCAUCAUUACCACCAGUUAUCUGCACGAUGAUGCUCCGCUAGCCAGCUGACUCGAGCGAGAACAAGGCUAUGCUAUAAACUGCUGCUGCUGUUACUAAUAGGCUAACGCUAAACAACCUGUUGUCUACCUGUCUCCAGUGCAAGCAAAGCCUACCGGCUGGCCUACAGUGUUCCUUUUAUGUUUUGAU